AUGACUGGCGAAAGAAAGAGCUCUGAUCUUUCCAGUCGCCUCGGCGUGAAGCGCGGUGCAAAGCUUAUUGCGAAGACAUCGAAGCCCAUUUCCGAUACUAUUAGCACCCCACCGAAAGCUGCGAUAGCUGCUCCCAAUGCAAAAAAGGACGAGUUGCCCCGUCGGAGGAACCCCUUCAAUGACAUGCUCCGGCAACGGAGUGGAGAAGCAGCAGACGAUGGCAGAGAUACGAUGACCUCGCCCUCGGAACGAGAGCCUGAUCAUGAAGCUCGUCCUCCCCAAGCAGCCAAAGACACGGGAGGAAAAGUAGCAGAGCUAGAGAGGGCUUUGGCAGGAGCAAGGCAAGAGCAGGAUUUGUUGAGAGAAGAGCUAGAGAAGACCAGACAGCAAGGGCAGACAUGUCAAGAUACAAUUGAACAGCUAAGGCACCAGCUCGCUGAGACACAACGAAAGGCGGACAUCGCUCCCUCCCGUAUAUCAGCCGAGCAUGAACAAGACAACCAAGUCCGCCGGUCCUCUGAUCGUUCAGGAGAUGACGUGUUUCGACAAAAUUACGAACUGCGCUACAGACUCGUGCAAGUGCAAGAACAGCUAGUGGCCCAAGACGCCAUGUACCGCGACCAGCUCGAGCGAGGAGCAUCACAACAUGACGAGGCAGAAUGGAACGAGCUACGCUCCCGUCUUCACGCCACCGAGAAAGAAUCGCAAGAGAGGCUCCAGCAGCUCCUGUCUCUCAAAUCUAGUAUCUCUUCCCUCACACGCGUGGACUCGCAGACCACGGACAACGAACUUGCGGAGUCAUUCUCGCAGCUCGCACAUCGUGUUCGAGAAUGGGUGAUUACGAACUUCAGACGGUCCAAAUUGAAUCUUGAUAAUAUCCCAGCGGAGACUGUGAAUGUCCUCAAGGCUGUAACCCCUGACUAUGCGCUUGUUGGCGGUACGGAUAGACUCGCGUUGUAUCAAGCAGUCGUAACGAACAAGCUCAUGGAGAUUUUUCAAGAACCCUUCGUCGUUGGACUGCCGGAGACGGGUCCCCUGGCAGCAUUUCGACAAUGUGCUCAAUUUAUCCACGGUGCUGGACCUGAGUAUAGCGAGUGGAGACGAGUAACGAUUCGUGUAAUGGGGAAGAACAGCAACGUGAAUCACGCACGCAAUGAAGGAAGAGCGGGUGUGUUGCACCGACUGGCUGGGGACGUUGGACAUCUACUGUUCACUUUGACGUCUGUCAGCAUCACAUCGGGUGCGCAAGCAGGGCUGAUGGGUAUCUUCAAUGCUGCUGCGGAUCUGCAACAUACCCUCGCGCUCCAGAAGGCGCAAUAUCAGUUGCUCUUUUUUCAUAACGAGGAAGGGCAACCUACCCACUUUGACAGUCGAAGGAUGGAGCCUGUCAACGACCUGGACACUGUGUUGGACGAGGACGGCGACACGCUCAUAGAGCGAAGGGUCCUCUUCUGCGUGUUCCCGUGCCUAGAGAAGUUCGGCGAUGAAUGGGGUGAGCAUCCAGACACGAGCAAUGUUCUUCUGAAGGCCAGAGUAUGUUGUGGCGUCGAAUAA